UUGAAAAUUUGUCAUAGAAUUGGUGGGAAUCAUAUUUACUUUCACAUCAAUAAAAACCCCAAAAGUCUUUUAAUGUCGUUCUAUAGAAACGCUGUAUGGUUUGCCAGAGGAUUGCGGGAUUAUACCAAAGGGGGAUAUGAGUCAGCUAGUAAGAAUUUUAACCCUGCUGAUCUUGAUCUCAACGUUGAUUGUUCAGGAAAGUCAUAUAUGAUUACCGGUGGCAACAGUGGCAUUGGUAAAUGUAUUGCUUUAGACAUAGCCAAGAGAGGAGGAACUAUUCAUCUUGUAUGUCGUAAUAAAAAGUCAGCACAAGAAGCACAGUCUGAAAUUCAAAAAGCUUCAGGGAACAAUAAUGUCCAUAUUCAUCCACUUGAUCUUUCUGAUUCCAAAAGUGUUGUUGAAUUUGGUAGGAGGUUUGUUGAGAGUGGAACAGAAUUGAAUGUUUUAGUGAAUAAUGCUGGCUGUAUGAUAAACAACAGAGAAAUCGAUAGCAAUGGAAAUGAAAAAAAUUUUGCAACAAAUACUUUAGGGACCCAUUUGCUAACAACAUCCCUUAUUCCUCUGUUGUCCAAAGCUACCCAACCUCGAGUGAUAAUUGUGUCAAGUGGCGGCAUGCUGGUACAGAAACUGAAUGUUGAUGAUUGGCAAUUAGAAAAAGAAAAGAAAUUUGAUGGAACCAUGGCAUAUGCUCAGAACAAAAGGCAGCAGGUGGUAAUGAUGGAACAGUAUGCCAAACAGUAUCCAAAUAUUCAUUUUUCGGCGAUGCAUCCAGGGUGGGCUGAUACACCCGCAGUUCGUUCCUCAAUGCCAGAUUUUUAUGAGAAAAUGAAAGAUCGUCUUCGUACCGCUGAACAAGGGGCUGACACGGCUACCUGGUUAGCUAUAUCAGAAGCUGCUUUACAGUUCCCAUCUGGCUUGUUCUUUGAGGAUCGCCGUCCUGUACCAACUCACUUACCAUUGGCGUGGACGCGCUCAACAAAAGAAGAAGAAGCUAAAUUCAUGGCGAAAUUGGCUGCCCUAACCGAACAAUUCACGAAAAACUAACCAAAGUUUUUGCGAGAAGCUCGGUGUGUUGAAACUUCAACUGGAGGAAAUGAUACCACAUAUAUUGUCAUUUCAGUGUUUUACAUCAAUGCAACAUGGGCAUGUUUCAUUCACGAUUACAAGUGUUUUACUCGA